CCACCAACCAGUGGUUCAUCCCGGCUGUGCGGGGCGACAUCCCUCCCGGCUGCGCCGCCUACGGCUUCGUGUGCGACGGCACCCGGCUGCUGGUCUUUGGGGGCAUGGUGGAGUACGGCAAGUACAGCAGCGACCUGUACGAGUUGCAGGCCAGCCGCUGGGAGUGGAAGAGACUCAAGGCCAAGACCCCCAAGAACGGGCCGCCCCCCUGCCCCCGCCUGGGCCACAGCUUCUCGCUUGUGGGCAACAAGUGCUACCUGUUUGGGGGGCUGGCAAACGACAGCGAGGACCCCAAGAACAACAUUCCCAGGUACCUGAAUGACCUGUACAUCCUGGAGCUGCGCCCGGGCUCCGGCGUGGUGGCCUGGGACAUCCCCAUCACGUACGGGGUGCUGCCCCCACCCCGCGAGUCCCACACUGCCGUGGUGUACACCGAGAGGGACAACAAGAAAUCCAAGCUCGUCAUCUACGGGGGCAUGAGCGGCUGCCGCCUCGGCGACCUCUGGACGCUGGACAUCG